AUAAUGUGAGAAAUGUGAGAGCCCUAUUCGGCUAUUCCAUUUCCACGUCUCUCUCUCUCUCUCUCUCUCUCUCUCGAUUAUGUGCUCCAGCCUGCAAGUCUCAAACCUAAACCAACAGAAGAAAGUUGUGCUGGAUUCAAUGACAUUUAUCGAUUGAGAAGUGGGCUUUCAGGUAAAAAGCUAGCUACAGAUGGCAGAGAGGGAGGAGGGAGACGAUGAAUUGCCAAGGGAUGCAAAGAUAGUCAAAUCAUUGCUGAAAUCAAUGGGUGUCCGGGAAUAUGAGCCCCGUGUGGUGCACCAGUUCCUUGAACUGCGGUAUCGUUACGUUGGUGAUGUUUUGACAGAUGCCUUGGUGUACUCCGAGCAUGCUGGCAAGCCUGCAAUUGACUGUGAUGAUGUCAAGCUUGCCAUCCAGACAAAAGUCAACUUCAGCUUCUCACAACCCCCUCCUCGAGAGGUUCUACUCGAGUUGGCUAGGAACAGGAACAAAACCCCAUUGCCAAAGUCUAUUGCAGGUCCAGGGAUCCCGCUCCCACCUGAACAGGACACAUUGAUCAGCCCAAAUUACCAGCUUGCGAUGCCCAAGAAGCAAAUUUCUCGAACAGUUGAAGAAACUGAGGAAGAUGAAGAGGCAACUGCAACGAACCCAAAUCCUCCCCAAGAAUCAACAACAGACAUGCAGAUGCAAACUCCCCGAAGGGUGUCAUUUCCCGUUCAGGCAAAGCGUCAAGGUAGGGUUGUCGACAGUUCAACCAGACAGCUUGUUUAUUAAUUUGGUUUAAACAGUCAGCGCAGCUUGUUUAUGGGUAUAUGUUGUGUACAUUAUAUAGGUAUUAUGAAUAUUUAUUCUGAAUAAAAGAAGGUGAGUUUUGUUA